AUGAGAAAGGGGAAAAAGAGGAGAGAAAGAGGGAGGAGGAGGGCAGAAGAGGGAGUGAGGAGGAUGAGAAGGAGGGAAAUGAGGGAUGAGAAGAGAGAGAAAGAGAGAGGGAGGAGAGGAAAGAGAGGAAAAGGAAGAGGGAGUGAGGAGGAGGAGAAGGAGGGAAGGGAGGGAGGAGGAAGGAGAGAGAGAGAGAGGGAGGAGAGGAAAGAGAGGAAAAGGGUGAGGCGAGGGGGAGGAAGAAAGGAGAAGGAAGGAAGAGGAGAAGAGAAAGAGAGGGGGAAGAAGGGAGGGGGAGGGAGGGAGGGAGAGGAGGGGGAAGGGGAGGGGGGGGAGAAAAGGGAGGAAAGGAAGGAGAAAAAAAGGAGAAGGUGGAGGGAGGGAGGAGAGGAAGAAGAGGGAGAGGGGGAGGAGGGGGGACAGAGGGAGAGAAGGAGGGAGAGAGAGGAAGGGGGUGAGAAGGAGGGGGAAGAGGAGAAGGAGGGAGGAGGAGGGAAGGGAAGGGGAAGGGAGAGGUGGGGAGUGGGGAUAAGGAGGAUGGAGAAAGAGAAGGGGGAGGGAAGGAAGAGGAGGGGAGAGGGAUUUCAAACACAAUGUAUUCGAAAUUUCAAAUUUUUCAAAUUUUAA